ACCCCCUCCCCUGAAAAGAUUUAGAUGCACUACUGUUCCACUGGAGGUCAUAAGGUGAAUGCACCAAUUUGUAAGUCGCUCUGGAUAAGAGCGUCUGCUAAAUGACUUAAAUGUAAAUGUAAAUGUAACACAACACUACAUGAAUAGAGACCUAAUACAACAACAUAGCAAGGUAGCAACAUAUGACAACACAGCAUGGUAGCAACACAACAUAACAACAACAUGGUAGCAACACAACGUUAUUGGGCACAGACAACAGCACAAAGGGCAAGAAGGUAGAGACAACAAUACAUCAUGCAAAGCAGCCACAACUGUCAGUAAGAGUGUCCAUGAUUGAGUCUUUGAAUGAAGAGAUUGAGAUAAAACUGUCCAGUUUGAGUGUUUGAUGCAGCUCGUUCCAGUCGCUAGCUGCAGCGAACUGAAAAGAGGAGCGACCCAGGGAUUUGUGUACUUCCGAGACCGUUAACAGAAUGUGACUGUCAGAACGUGGAGGAUGAGGAGGAUGUAUGUGGAGGAUGAGGGCUGCAGUAGAUAUCUCAGAUAGGGGGGAGUGAGGCCUAAGAGGUGGGUCUUGCGACAGGUAUAGGGAGAUGACCAGUUUACAGAGGAGUAUAUAGUGCAGUGAUGUGUCCUAUAAGGAUCAUUGGUGGCAAAUCUGAUGGUCGAAUGGUAAAGCACAUCUAGCUGAUCGAGAGUACCCUUACCUGCCUAUCUAUAAAUUAUGUCUCCGUAAUCUAGCAUGGGUAGGAUGGUCAUUUGAAUCAGGGUUAGUUUGGCAGCUGGGGUGAAAGAUGAGCGAUUACGAUAGAGGAAACCAAGUCUACAUUUAACUUUAGCCUGCAGCUUUGAUAUGUGCUGAGAGAAGGACAGUGCACCGUCUAGCCAUACUCCCAAGUACUUAUAUGAGGUGACUACCUCAAGCUCUAAACCCUCAGGGGUAGCAAUAACACUUGUGGGAAGAGGGGCAUUCUUCUUACCAAACCACAUGACCUUUGUUUUGGAGGUGUUCAGAACAAGGUUAUAGUUAGAGAAAGCUUGUUGGACACUAAGAAAGCUUUGUUGUAGAGCAUUUAACACAAAAUCCAGGGAGGGGCCAGCUGAGUAUAAGACUGUAACAUCUGCAUAUAAAUGGAUGAGAGAGCUUCCUACUGCCUGAGCUAUGUUGUUGAUGUAAAUUGAGAAGAGCAUGGGGCCUAGGAUCGAGCCUUGGGGUACUCCCUUGUUGACAGGCAGUGGCUGAGACAGCAGAUUUUCAGACAGCAGAUUUUUAUACACUACACUCUUUGAGAGAAGUAGUUAGCAAACCAGGCCAAAGACGCCUCAGAGACACCAAUAUUCCUUAGCCGGCCCACAAGAUUGGAAUGGUCUACCAUAUCAAAAGCUUUGGCCAAGUCAAUAAAAAUAGCAGCACAAUAUUGCUUAGAAUCAAGGGCAAUGGUGACAUCAUUGAGGACCUUUAAGGUUGCAGUGACACAUCCAUAGCCUGAGCGGAAACCAGAUUGCAUAUCCGAGAGAAUACUAUGGACAUCAAGAAAGCCAGUCAGGGCCUCCCGGGUGGCGCAGUGGUUAAGGGCGCUGUACUGCAGCGCCAGCUGUGCCAUCAGAGUCCCUGGGUUCGCGCCCAGGCUCUGUUGUAACUGGCUGCGACCGGGAGGUCCGUGGGGCGACGCACAAUUGGCCUAGCGUCGUCCGGGUUAGGGAGGGCUUGGUCGGUAGGGAUGUCCUUGUCUCAUCGCGCACCAGCGACUCCUGUGGUGGGCUGGGUGCAGUGAGCACUAACCAAGGUUGCCAGGUGCACGGUGUACCCUCUGACACAUUGGUGCGGCUGGCUUCCGGGUUGGAUGCGCGCUGUGUUAAGAAGCAGUACGGCUGGUUGGGUUGUGUAUCGGAGGACGCAUGACUUUAAACCUUCGUCUCUCCCGAGCUCAUACGGGAGUUGUAGCGAUGUUAGUAGCUACUACAACAAUUGGAUACCACGAAAUUGGGGAGAAAAAAGGGGUCAAAUUCACACAAAAAAAAGAAAAAGAAAGCCAGUCAGUUGAUUAUUGACAAGAUUUUCCAACACUUUUGAUAAACAGGGCAAAAUAGAAAUAGGCGUAUAACAGUUAGGAUCAGCUUGAUCUCCCCCUUUAAAUAAAGGACGAACUGUGGCUGCCUUCCAAGCAAUGGGAACCUCCCCAGAAAGGAGAGACAGGUUAAAAAGUUGGACAUAGGCUUGGCGACGAUAGGGGCAGCAACAUUACAGAAGAAAGGGUCUAAACCAUCUGACCCAGAUGUUUUUUUGGAGUCGAGUUUAAGGAGCUCGAAGCAGUAAUCUCUCCGGCUAAUUUUGGUCAAAAUUUGGUUGUAGGUUUGAAGUUUUGAUCUGGAGCGAAAGCCAUGCUGCGGAGGGUAGCAUCCUGCAUAUGUACCUGCCGAAGAAUCCAAGAAUCCAAGUCAGAGUACAACAAUCGGUUAACCACCUAACUGAGGAACUUAAUUUAAUCUUGCGUAAUACCCUAGAUGCAGUCGCACCCCUAAAAACAAGAAACAUUUGUCAUAAGAAACUACCUCCCUGGUAUACAGAAAAUACCUGAGCCCUGAAGCAAGCUUAAGAAAAAGAUCAUGAUCAGUAGAAAGCAAAUUACGGACUCCUCUUUAAAUCUGCGUAUUUCUCCAAAGCUCAGUUGUCGUGAGUCUACACAACACUGCCAGGACCUAGGAUCAAGGGAGACACUCAAGUUUUUUUAUACUAUAUCUCUUGACACAUUGAUGAAAAUAGUCAUGGCCUCUAAACCUUCAAGCUGCAUACUGGACCCUAGUCCUACUAAACUAUUGAAAGAGCUACCAUUGAUCACCACAUUCUUUUGGAGAGAUUGGAAACCCAAAUUGGUCAACACGGACAAGUUCUGGCCUAGUUUAGAUCUUAUAUGUCAGAAAUAUAUCAGUUUGUCUCUGUGGAUGGUUUGUCCUCUGGCAAAUCAACUGUACAUUUCAGUCUUCCUCAAGGUUUUGUUUUAGGACCACUAUUGUUUUCACUAUAUAUUUUACCUCUUGGUAAUGUCAUUCAGAAUCAUAAUGUUAACUUUCACUGCUAUGCGGACGACACACAGCUGUACAUUUCGAUGAAACAUGGUGAAGAUAUGUCAGUCGUCCUGGUCCCCAAUUAGAGGCAGCUGAUUGGAUAUGUCAGUCGUCCUGAUAUGGCCCCCAAUCAGAGGCAGCUGUUUAUCGUUGACUCUGAUUGGGGAUCAUAUUUAGGUAGCCAUUUCCACAUGGAAGGAAACUGCUCAGGGAUUUCAUCCUGAGGCCAAUGGUGACUUUUAAACAGUUACAGAUUUUAAUAGCUGUGAUAUGAGAAAACUGAGGAUGGAUCGAAAACAUUGUAGUUACUCCACAAUAAUAACCUAAAUGACAGAGUGAAAAGAAGGAACCUUGUACAGAAUAAAAAAUACUCCACAACAUGAAUCCUAAUUCCAAUAAGGCACUAAAGUAAAACUGCCAAAAUAUGGCAAAUAAAUUAACUUUGUGUCCAGAAUAUCCAACAUAAGACAUCACUGAGUACCAUUCUUCAUAUUUUCAAGCAUGGUGGUGGCUGCAUCACGUUAUGGGUAUGCUUGUCAUCAUCAAGGACUAGGGAGUUUUUGCUCUGACAUGCAAUGUCAAGUGUGGGACCCUGUAUAGACAGGUGUGUGCCUUUCCAAAUCAUUCAAUUUACCACAGGUUGACUCCAAUCAAGUUGUAGAAACAUCUCAAUGAUGAUCAAUGGAAACAGGAUGCACCUGAGCUCAAUUUCGGGUCUCAUAUCAAAGGGUCUGAAUACUAAUGUAAAGGUAUUUCUGUUUUAAAGGGUUUAUACAUUUGCAAACAUUUCUAAAAAACUUUUUUUGCUUUGUCAUCAUGGGGUAUUGUGUGUAGAUUGCUGAGGAAAAUGUUUUUAUUUAAUCCAUUUUAGAGUAAGGCUGUAACGUAACAAAAUGUGUAAAAAGUCAAGGGGUCUGAAUACUUUCUGAAAGGCACUGUAUGUUCUUAUUGUUUGUAUAAUGUAUUUUACAAGUGUUAAGAUGUGUAUUCUGUCAAUUAUUUUACACAAUGAUUAUUCCCUAUUGGAAUUGGGCCUUUAGGUAUCCUCUUGGAGGCCAGAUGUCACCAUAAAACAGGUCUUCGUGGAAUCUGGGCCCCUGAGCCAUAACAUUGUCCAUGGGUGUCCUUAAGAGGUUUUAAGAUGUUUCAAAUGUAUAGCCUUUUCAAACCCAAGGUCUCAGCCUUGAUGUAAUGGCUUGGAAGGGUGAAACAGUGAACAGAUAUGGCAAGAGUAUGUAGGUCAGCCAGCCUUUGGAUUUGAGAAAUAUGCUGUGAACCUCUAAGAGGAACAUGUCUGUCUUCCCAUAUGCAUAUGUCUGUCUGUCUAUCUCUUAAAUAUAGAAGUUGUCCACCUUAAAUUUUGCAUCUAUUAUUUCUCCACACCUUGACCAGGUUUUUGAUUCCUAACAUUUCCCUCAGUCAAGUAUUGAAUAUCAAGCGCAGAUUCAACUACAAAGUCUAGGGAGCUUUUUGAAAGCCAAUGAUGGUAGAUCGGAAACAAUAACAAAUCAGACGUUGAAUAUCUCUUUUAGCAAGGUGAAGUUAAUAAUUAUGCUGUGGAUGAUGUAUUAAACCACCUAGACACAUCAAAGACACAGUUGUUCUUCUGAACUGAGCUGCAGGACAAGAAGGAAACUGCUCAGGGGUGUCACCAUGAGGCCAUUGUGGAUUUUAAAACAUAAUCAGAGUUCAAUGGCUGUGAUGGGAGAAAACUGAGGAUGGAUCAACAACAUUGUAGUGACUCCACAAUAAUGACCUAAAUCACAAAGUGAAAAGAAGAAUAUAAAUAUACAAAAUAUGCAUAAAGUAACACUACAAAAAAAACACGACAAUGGAAUACACUUUUUGGCUUAAAUGCAAAGCCUUAUGUUUGGAGCAAGUCCAACACAACAACACAUCCAUCACUGAGUAACUGCUUCCUUAUUUUCAAGCAUGGUUGUGGCUGCAUCAUAGUAUGGGUAUGCUUGACAUAUACAAAAACAGUGGAGUUUUUCCAGGAUGAAAAUAAACGAGAUGGAGCUAAGCACAGGCAAAAUCUUAGAGGAAAACCAGCUUCAGUCUUCUUUACACCAGGCACUGGGAGAGGAAUUCAGUUUUCAGCAGGACAAUAACCUACAACACAAGGCCAAAUCUACACUGGAGUUGCUUACCAAGAAGACAAUGAAUGUUCCUGAGUGGCCAAGUUACAGUUUGACCUGUAUCUGCUUGAAAAUCUAUAGCAAGACUUGAAAUGUGAAGAUUUUUGGAAAAUAAUAAAAAUGGGCAAAUAUUGCACAAUCCAGGUGUGCAAAGCUCUUAGAGACUUACCCAAGACACAGCUGUAGGGUGAGUACUUAUCAAAUCAAGAUAUAUUAGUGUUAUAUUUUACAUUAAUCUCAAUGGAAAUCUUUGACAAAGUAUUUUGUGUAGAUCGUUGACAAAAAAAAAGACAAUUAACUCAAUUUUAAUCCCACUUUGUAACACAAUAAAACGUGAAGAAAUCCAAGGUGGUGAAUACUUAUGGUAGACACUAGAUAAAUUAAAUACUUUUUCAACACGUUUGAUUUUCUUAGGACGACAAUAAAGUUUAAUACCGGAGAGAAUGUGUUUGUAUGUUGAUACAAAAUAUUUUGUUGGUGUACUCUUUCUUGUGGAACAGGACCUAAAAAGGCAUGAUCGUCAUGAUUUCAACCUUUCUGAAUAAAAGUCUUGAUGCUAAACAGCAGAUUGUUGAAAAGAGUGCUUUUCAGUAACAUGCAACAAAACCAAAAUGCCAAUUUGGAUACUGUGGCUCCAGACCUGUUUGACCUCAGCGAGGGAUUGACGCUGCUAAAAAAGUAACACUGUGUUUAAAGUUUUGGGCUAUUUCUUAUCUCACUUAUUGAUUAGAACAAUUAGACUAUGAGCUCUCCUAUUUCAAAAUGUCCCAAUUCAAAACAGUUUCUGCAAGCUGAUUAUAGUGUUUUACAUUUCAAUGAGCUUACUCUUGCGGCUUAACGGGGACAGUUGGAGACGGGAAAACUCUGUUUGCCAUCACUCAGAGUGGAAGGUUUGACAGGAUCUACAAGGAGAGGAUGAAAUGUUUCCCUCUGGAGUUUCUUAGGGAUGUAUGAACUGUGAAUUGUAACAGGCAUACUGUUGAUAACUGUGACAAACAUUUUGACAGGCCUACUGUUGAUCGCCAGCCUGUCUCAUAAGACUUGCUAUGAACAGAAUGUCCUGAUAUAGCUUGUCCAUGAGUGAAGAAAGUAAUUUUGGGUCAACCAUUUAGUUAAGCAACAGAAAUAACUUUGCGUGAACUUAUAAUUAGUGUCCUAUCCAAAGCUCCUAGAGUGAAACAAAUUGAUUAGCUACAGCACUGAGCGAAUAUUUUAUUUCUGUACUAAUUAGACGUGCUGUGUAUAUGUAAUGUAGGCUAUUAUAUGAGACAUACUAAUAAAGUGUCCUAAACCCAUUAUGUAUCUUAGCAAACACCAGAGACAUAAUAAUAAUAACAUAUUAUGUUUCCAUUACUCAUUAUAUUUGUUAUGGUCAUUAGUCAUCCUUUGAAAAAAAUUAUUUGACGUCACUAAACCAAUCACGUGCCAGAUUGGACUGAUUAUGGAAUAAGAAAACCCCAAACAUUACCAACAACAGUGGACCCCUUGUUUAGGAAUGUGCUUUUGUAACCCUUCUAUUUCCAAAUGUAUUAAUAAGCCGAUGCUGAAACAUAAUCGUGUAAUAAAGAGCUUUUCUCCGCCAAAACCCCUUCUUUCUUGUAACAUUGUGCACUACACAAGAUAGGAAAGUGGUGCCUGUUUGGUAGUACAGUUUGUGUCAAUGCCAGACUCAGUGUUUGCUAUUAUUUCUGUUAGUGUUUGCUAGUAUUUAUAUUAUAGAGAUAGAUUGAUACUAUCUUAGUGUAUCAUGAUUGCAAAAGUGAGAAUAGUUUACCAUAUCACAGCUUUCAGCUGGUAUGCCUUUAUCAUUAAGUCCCUGGCUGCUAAGGAUGGAGAGAAGUUACCACCUGGGAUCUUUGAGUAUGGUGGACCCUGGAAGUACCUUACUUUCCUCAACCUGUUAUUGCAGAUGGUGUUCUUUGGGAUGGCUGUGGUGAAUGAUCUUCAGACUGGGAAAAACACAGUCAAGGGUCUUAACAAGUGGAAAGACCUCAUCUUCUCUGUCCUUGCAUUCCCUGUAGGCAUGUUUGUGGUGCUGCUUUUCUGGGUGAUCUUUGCCUACGACAGGCAGCUUGUCUACCCAGAAUCUUUAGAUGCCUUCUUUCCUCUCUGGAUGAAUCAUGCUAUGCACACCGUUGUUAUGCCUGUCUUACUUGGGGAGAUCCUGCUUCAACAUCAUGUGUACCCAAAGACUAAAAACGGCUUAGCUGCCUUAGGAGUUGUGGGCUUGGCUUACUUGGGCUGGGUGAUAUUUAUCUACUUGGCGGUAGGUCUUUGGGUGUAUCCUCUCCUCGGGCUCCUUAGCACCUCGGGUGUGUUGGGGUUAUUCCUCUUAAACAUGACAGUGGUGGCAAUGAUGUAUCUGCUAGGACGGACCCUAAACAACUGUGUCUGGGGAAAAGGCAAGACGGUGACUAAAAAUAAAUGAAACUCUGCUCAUUUUCCUCUUUGAAUCCAUUGGGGCCUGAUACAUUGUUGUCAAACAGAUUUCGCCAACAUGCCUCAAGAAAUACUGUAUGUGUAUGAAUAUAAAUUGCACACAGGGUCUUAUGUCACAUGUACUGUCCUCUGACAACAUAGUUUCUAACAGACAUGCUGUUGUUUUUCUUUUUUCAAUAAAUGUUAUCAGCAUCACAAUUACAAAAUAUAACUCACAGUUGAAAAAAUUGAAAUCCCAGGUAGGCCUACAUCAGGUUGAUUGGUUAUGUCCUUUUCUACCAGGAAGUUAUCACAACAUUCUCAAAACAAUCGUUCUCUACUUACCAAAAUUCUCUAACUACAACUUGACCAAAUGAGAAUAUGAGAGUAAACAAGGGGUGAUAAAAUAUCUCACCAAUUGUUAUAACUUUUUCUCUUGAGAUUGGAAUAUCGUUGUGUUUUCAUAACGUGUGGAAAUCAUGAAACAGUAUAUGAGCUAUUAAAGUCUCAAAACCAUGGUUGUGUGUACUUUUACCACAAUAGGAAAUUGGAUGUUUGCUUUUAUGACCAAACAUGUAAUUACAAGGCACAAAAAAAGCAUGACAUAAAUAUGAUGUAAGUCAUGUUCCUUUUGGAGGUAUAAUUUCAUUAUUCAAUCAUUAACAAAUAAAAUAAAAGGGCAGCAAAUCACUGCAAUGACAAAUGUGG